ACACUUCAUCACUCUCAAGAGCAACCAGCUACAGUAUACAGCUACAGUCUCUUGAUUUCUUGCCGCUACGUAUACUCACAGCUCCAUUUGUAAACCAUGGCGUCCCAGGCCAUCGAGAGCCAUCGCGCCGGUGCAGAUGUUGUCACCGGGGAUGCCGCAUGCAGGAAGAAAUCCGUGGAGCUGCUGGAGGAGCUCGGCCUCCCUAAGGGCCUGCUUCCAAUGGAGGACAUCCAGGAGUUCGGGUACAACCGAAAGACAGGAUUCAUGUGGCUGGUGCAGAGGAAGAAAAAGGUGGAGCACACAUUCAAGAAGAUCAAGCAGACUGUGUCAUAUGCCGCUGAAGUCACGGCGUUCGUCGAGAAGGGCAAGCUGAGGAACAUCACCGGCGUCAAGACCAAGGAACUGAUGCUCUGGCUCAGUGUUGUUGAGGUGUAUGUUCCUGAGGCCUGUCUGGAGAAGGUCACCUUCAAGACUGGCACUGGCCUCUCGGACACAUUCGACGGCGCUGCCUUUGCUCUCGGAGAGUAAUAAUCAAACAAUGCAAUAACCAAAUUGAUUUGGUUAAUUAGCUUGAAUGAAACAUAUAGAUAUGCUGGUUGAUCCCUGUAAUCUCAGUUCAAGUUCAAGUAAGUUUGUAUUUUCGAUUAUAUUUAUAUUUUGUUUUGUAUAACACGAACAUGUAUGAUGAUGCAUCGUGUUAGUCGGAAACGUGGAGUAUUUUGAAA